AAGUCAACUUAACUUAAAAAAAUCAAGGGAGGAACUUUUCAAAGCUGCUUCUGAUUAUGAAAAUGUUCAUAGGGUUUUAGCUGCUGCAAAAAUAAUCCUGUAGGUGCUUUUUAGUUAUUAAAUAUCCUCCAUUUUCUGGGUGGAGAAGGUGCCGUGCCCGUCAGGGAGCAGUGAACUCGUGUGCACGGGAACAAUGGGCAGGGGCUGGUGCUGAGGAACUGCCAGGGUUGAGUGGCUUUGUGCCACUUCUACAAGAUUUCCAAGAAAUAGAUAAAAACCAAAUCAAGUCUUUUGAGUUUGAGGAGGAUAACAAGUUUGUUUUGCUUAUGUGUAUGUGUACAUAAAUACAACUCUCUUUCUUUCAGCUUCUCUUCUUGUCAGUUAAUGCUCUGAGAGAAUGGGAACCUUUUCCUCAAAAGAAGCUCCAGUUGCACCAGAACCCACUUGCCCUACUACUACUGCUGUCCCCACCACUGCCCACACCCCUGCAGAUGAUUUCAGAGCUGCAGAAGUCAGAUGCUGGAUUAAUAACCAUGAAAUACUCUACAUGUCACUGGCCUUCAUCUCUGGCAUCCUCCUGACUGUCCUGGUUUUUGCAAUCAUCUUCCUCUUCAGGAAAAGCUCUAAAAGAUCCCACCAAAAUUUACAAGAGGAAACUUUCUCCCAGAUGGCAGCUGAGGAAUCUGUUAGGAACACCCAGAAUGAAGUGACCUACAGCACUCUGGUCUUCCAGCGGGGCAGGACAGCACUGCCUGUGUGAUGAGGAAGUUCCAAAGGAAAUAAAAACGAUCCCACUUUCUGGACAUCAAAAGCCACGAGGAUGUUACACCAAGGGAAUGCCCUGGGAAUGCCCCCAUGUCCUCUGUAACACAGCUCUUUUUGUAGUUAUGACAGGGAGUUGUCUCCUGUUCAAACUGGCUGCCAACAGCUGUGGGCAAGUGGAGUUUCUACAGGAUUUCCUCAUCUGUAGAAAUCUCCCUGCCCUUGUAAAGUUUCCGUUUGUGAGAACUAUCAGGGAGGAGUGCGAAAUGAAAAUGUUUCUCUGCAUCUAUCCAUAUCUGUGCCCUCGUGUUUCCCUUUUC